UCCCCCUCACGUGUCUGUAACAGCGGCCUCAAAAUAGAAAUUAAUAAGUCUUUGGAUCUGUGUCCGAGAUUGUUUGCUUAUUGUGUUUCAAUCAUAAGUUUUUGUGUUUUGGAUUAUUUUUUUUUUGUACACCUUUUAGUAGUAGAACAGGAACACGAUUUGAAAGUGAUAGUGAUUGUUUUUUUUUUUAGUAUCGUUUCUAUCGUGCCUUAGUAGGACAUGUAACAAUCAUGUUUCAACUGUUUGCAUGUGAUUAACAUGCACUACAUGGAUAGCGUGGCCUCUACAAAAGUAUGCAACUCUUAGAAUGAAAAGGGCAUUCAUUUAUCACGUAUCAGUCUUCGCGUUUCUAUUCCGCAUUGCAAAACAUGAGAUUGAGUUGAGGUGACCCAGUUUCUAAUGGGCUGGAUCUAUUCUAUUUACAUCGACCCACCACACUACUUGCUUCAAUGCAUUGAGCGAGGAGGCGGGUAGGUCGGAAGAAAAAAAACAACACAACAAAUCUACAUAUAAUAUAUUUAGAUCUAGAGGUCUGACUGCAGCAUGAAUGAAUUCAUGAGGAGAUAACGGUGUCAGAUAUUCAACAUCACAAGACCUGGAGGACUACACACUAGGAGAACUAGAGAGAGAGAGAGAGUAGAAAAGGAUUUCACCGUACGUACAAAUCGACAUUGAAAUACAGUGUGUGAUAAUGACUUUGGAGCAUGAUUCCUUCUAAAGAGUUUGGCCUCUGACUUUGAGGCCUGUCAACUUGCCGUAGUACUAAUUGGUCUCUCUUUUGAAGAUAAAAAAAAAAACAACCUUUAAAAAAAUACCAAAAUUAGCAACUCCAAAUUAAACUUUACACAUAGGCAACAAAAAAAAAGUCUGGAUCCUCGAUUCGUGAAAAGAAACAAUGCCACCGGAUGUCUAUUCCAAUUCGACGACGCCGGAGCAGCGCAGCCCCGCUGCGGUGGAGAAUAUCGGAGAGGACGACAGCCAGACGGUGACCAUAGUUGUGAGCCUGUCCGUGGUGGCUGUCAUCCUCGGCGUCUGCGCCAUCAUGUGCUAUCGGGAGGUCAACCGUCGGCGCAAGGAGACCUUGAUCGUCGAAGAGUUUGCCAGGAGAGAGUCCAUCAAAAAGUCCAUACAGGAAAAAUUACAACAGCUUCAGUGUGAGGACGAAUCUGAUUCCUACAAGGAACACAUGGAGACCAAAGUUCCUGCAGUGACAUUCAGUGAGGUGGUGCAGAUCAACACUGCCGUCACUCCUUACAGCUCCACUGACGAACUGAACACUCCACAGCCGCCUAGUCCGCAGCCACGCCAGACUCGCAAGCGCCCUCAGCGGUCGCACCACAUGUACCAGAGCUACUUCGACAACAUCGUCAAGACGCAGGAGCAAACAAGGAAGAUCGUCGUCAAGCUUCAGCAGCAGCAGCAAGAGAUCGCUGCCAAAGAAGCUAACCAGACGGCAGUCUUGCUGCCUUCCCAGCCGUCUGUACAGUUGUCUCGCUUGGACAACAUCAUCAUCGAGCAAUCUCUUCUAGUUCUCAGAAGCUCAAACAAACACCUCAAGGACGAUAUUUCGCAACACCCUUUGGGAAUCCCUUUGAAGAAGCCCAGACGUUCACUUUAUACAUUCAUCAGCGGAAAGCUGCAUCGCCGCCCCGAUUUCUCCAGCCCCGAAGAAAGAAACUCCACAAGUGUGGCACUAGUCAAAGGCAGUCAACUAAACUCUACCAACAAGCAAUAUUCUGAUAUCAUAGUGGAAGAUAAUGGAUAGUUUAAAGAUACAUUUUAGCUGUCAAAUUAUAUUAUAAAUUGCAUUUGCUUUAUUGCCUCAUAGCUACGUACAAACUUAGCAAUAUCCUUAAAAUUCUUACUUGACUUGAAGACACUGCCUUAUUUCUUGGGCCCAUGGAUUCCUCUGAAAAAAAUCGAAACUCUAGAUUUGUACAUAUUUUUUUCUUCUUUUGACAUUAAUAUUCUUCAAAGAAAGAACAUUUGUGCUGGAGUUUUUAAACAAAUAAUUCAUCAUGUGUGCGUGUUUGUGUGUCUAUAUAUUAGGGAAUUGUGCUUAUAGUAAAUGUGAAGAUUUUAUUCCAACUAGCGUUAUAAAGUCAAAGUUAAGUAUCAAGUAAGAAAUAUUCUCGUAGUUAUUCACUAGAUGUUCGUCUACAAUCUUGACCUGAUAGUUGAUUCGAAUGGACUAAUUUAGUUUCAAGGCACUCGUAAUGAACAUUGAAGCAUUUCAUCUGAUACCUGUUUAUAUGAAAACUAUAACUUUCGGUAUUUUACCUCAUAAAUUACUGACGUUCAUUAAGACUAAGACUGCUUUAUUGAUCCUUACGGAAAUUUGUUGUGAUUACAAGGACUCUUUUCUCAUAUAAAGACAACACAACAGAAACAAACACAUAAAUACAACAGACACAACCUAAAGAGUUCAUUCAGCGGCUACGUCAUAGAAUUCAAAGUAUUACUGAAGUCGUUUAGAUGGGAUCACUUCAAUAAAUGGUUGUUGUUGUUGUUUUUUUUUUGUGUGUGGUUUCUUUUAGACUCAUAACAGUAGGUCGAAUUAAUCAAGGUCUUGGAAUGACAAAAAUAUACUUUCUGGUUAUGAGCACUCUAUUAAUAGCCCAUGCUUCUUGGACCCCUACCGAAAAAUUAGACUUAAACGCUCAAGCACCAAAAUGAGAUCAUUAGAUUUUCGAAGACCUUCCUACAAGGAACUGUAACAGGAGAAAGAAUAAAAGUUUGGCAGAAGAAACUUUGGAAAGACAUUAACAAGGGUUGAACAGCUCGAACACGGGAUAAGGAUAAAAUGAAAUAAAGACAUAAGAAAGAACUGAUCUGCAAAGUGUAGGCCUAUUUGUGGGGCCAAACUGAUCCAACACAUUGACGAAGCUAGCAAAAUAUUUUUUUCAAGACUAUAAUGAGAAAGAAAUUCAUGCUGCUUCAUUGAAAACUCACAACGUGAGAGAUAAAUGUUUAUGUUAAUCAUUUUUCUUACUACUUUUGAAGAUCAAUUGUAUUACAUAAUAAGAAACAUAAUUAAAAGAACAAUAUUAAAUAUUACAUUUAAUUAUUCGCGAUUUUCUUGACCCUGACUUCAUCCUUUCCCUUUAUUUCUUUAAUACUACUUUCUUCACAAACAUUCGUUAUUUAAUGUGGAACUGCAAACAGUGGUCAUUUAUUUCCAAUAGUGUGGAUAGGCCUGAAAUAAUGAAUAUCUAACAGCCUACCAAAUGGAAAGGAUAGCUCACAAAAUGUUAGUGAUAGCCCUAUGAAAUGGUAACGAUGGCCCUGGAAAUGGUUACGAUGGCCAAGGAAAUGAUAAUUUAGUCAGACGAUGUUGGCUAAUUGAUAAGUCAUUAACAUAAUUUCUAAAACAAAUCUUCAGCCAAGCUUGACGAUUAAAAAAUAUUAUAGAUUUUACGUUUUGCAAUAAAAAGCUGUAAUCCAAGGCUUCUUGAUAAGUUCAGACAUAAUGAUUUAUAUCUCGAUUAUCUGUUCAAUUAAAUAAGGAAAAAUAAUUAAAACAUUUCUUACGUUUUCAGAAUGGCUUGUAAUUGUUCUGGAAUUUAAUCCUCGCGCUUUUACCGGAAGUAUGCAUCCAUUUUCAAUCUAAGUUCGCUCGUAACUGAGAUGCAAUUCCUGUGAUAAAUAUUCUAAGGUUAUUAUUUCAAAUGAAAACAUAUACAAUGUUAACAUUUACAUGCUGAGAUCGUGUGGUCGACGUUUUAAAAAAAUUGGUAAGAAUAUUGUUAGUAUACUUCCUAACUGGUAAUGGUUUUGCCCACAGAUAUUAUUAUCUAGACGUCUUCUUGAGUGUCUCAAUGUCUCUAUGUUUAAUACAAUGCAUAGUGGGCCCUACCUAUUGUUUCAUAUUAUAGUCUAAUUGUUUACGGGAAUGUUAUGAAAACAACAAUCUUCCCAAUGCUACUGUCUUUCUUCUGUGUAUAUUGUAGUUCAUGUUUCUUGUAAGUUAGUUGCAGUGUGGUUUUAUAAAUGACCUCCACCCUUUUUCCCCAGAAAUUUUAAAUAUGCCAUUUCAAGGUUCUUUUUGCAUGAUUUACCUUCCAUUUACAUAACUUUAUGUGCGUCUCUUUGUGUUUCAUUUAAUAUUUUUUUCUUGAGUUGUGUUUAUGUAUAAUAUUGUUUUUUUGGGGUGUUGAUAUGUAUUGACUUAAAAUGCAAUUAUAAUGAUAACACUAGUUGUAAACAUGAGCCUAAAAUAUGUCCAUGAUAGCUACUUUCCCAUAUGGCUAUAUCAUAUCGCGUCUGUUCUUAUAACUUCGCCACAAAAACAAAUUAACCACAUCAUUGUGGAAAUAUGUUAGGUGUUCAAGAUGCUGCUUAACAUGAUUCAAUUUCUGUUGGUGGUGGAUGUUCUAACUUAUGCCCCUUCAAAGUCUAGUGCUGUUGUUCAAGACAGCACUUGGAAUUGAAACCUCCCAUAACAAAGAGGAAGAGAUAGGAGAUGUAAUUCGCUCCCUUAUUUUGUGGAUGUGAACUUGAACUUUAAGGAACUAUUAUGAACUGUAGAAUGGAAUGAAGAGAACAAAAAUGAAUGUGUACAUGUUUGCAAACCACCUUCGAUAAUGAUUUAUAACUGAGAUGCUGUAUCGUUACUAAUAAGAAUUUUUUUUAAAAUUUCAACCAAAGAUCUUUGGCAAUAAUCAUCUUACAGGCUUAAUAGCAAAGUCUGAUUUUAAACUUAUGUUUACUUGUUGAACUAUGUGCGUGUACACUAAUGGACUAGCACUUCAAAUCAGAUGUUGAUUUAAUGACUUAAAUUAAGUUAUUUUUAUGUAAUUCAUGACUGAAACAUGAAGUCACAUGUAAUCCUAAUGACUUUAUAAUUUCCUUAGCUUAUUGUAUCUGACAUCAUUAAUAAUAUACAUUUAUUUGUUUAUGUUUAAGCCCAGCAUAUAUAAAUAAGAACGCGAGAUAUUAUUCAUUGACAGCUUAGAAGGCCAACUAGAUCAUUGCUUUAUGUAGGCCUAUUCAUAAGUGUGUCAUUUCAUAAUUCUUAGUAAGCAACUCAAUAUAAAACCAAUCUAAGUAUUAAUAGUGAACAAAACUACACCUAAGAUAAUUUGUACACGCUUGUUUUAAUUCUAAAACUUACAGAAAAAUCAAGAAACGGAUUAAAGAAAAUCCACAAAAUCUAACGUACCGGUAAUUUCAAUGUUUUGAAUAAGAACAUGUAACUAUAGACUCUAGAGAGAAAUGAUGACACAAAUAUUAUUGGUGUAUAAACGCUUAGUGGUUUGAACAUAAAGCACAAGAUGACCUGUUCAUUGAAACCAACUUGAUAAGAAAAACAAAGUAGCUAAUAAUGUUUAUUUUAUAGGCUACAUAUAUGAAUAAUGUAUAAUAUUAAUGACAAAGCAAUUCUAUUGCAAAGUUUAUUCAACUUGUUUAAGUUAACAAUUAUCGCCUUGACUUAUUGGCGGAGAUUUAUAUUUCGUAACUCGGUAGAACUUAACCUAUAUAUCUGAGUUUCUUCCGGAAAUGCAAUUUAGAUCCAAAAAUUUUUCCAUUCGAUAACAAACUUUACACCAGUCACUUAUCACUGUUGACAGUUCCGGACUUAAGCUUGAUAAAGCCUGGAGCUAUUUGAGAUAUGGCGCCCUUUGUAAAUCCAAAUAUUGUUUCUCAAUGCCUAAUAUGAUUUUCGGAUACUUAGAAGGUUAAACUCUGACUUAAACUAAUAUACAUUGAAGAAAUAUAUAGAUAGUGAAAUAAUUCACCUUUACCUUCCAAUCAUUAUUAUAGUUAUUCCUAAUAUGUAUUUAACUUUGGAAGACCCCUAGAAAGAAGGGAUCCCAAACUAUAGCUUGUGUACCCUAUUCGUAGGCCUAAGUCCUCGAGUGAUUGUAGAAGUGUCUAAGUUAACAGGAAAUGAAAAAAAAAAAAGAUUUCGUUCAAAUAUUAUUGUUCCAUAAUGUUCAUUGCUGUUGUACCCCCUUCAUGCUCAAAUUUGUUUGUUAUUCAAUUAAUGUGUCAACACGAAAGAUGUGUGUUCUGCUUCUUCACGUCUGUAUAUACAACAAAUGUGCAGAUAGCAAUACUUAACGUGUAUACCAUGUAUAGAAGACCAAAGAAUUCAACAAGAGACCAUAAAACAAAAACAUUGUGUUAUCUCGA